AUGUUAUCGACGUUCUGCCUGAUUGCUCUCGCAGCAUUCUGCAUAGGUCUUAACGCACCUCUCAGUGAUCGACAACGAAAGGAAAUUGCUGAUUUCACGGCGAUGCUCGAAAAACGACGAAGAAAAGACAGUGUUGAAUCUCCUAAUGGAGCUAUCACCAAGUCGCACAUUGAUGCCGAUUUAAGAGAGAAGGAAUUUGGAGGUGGUAAUGAUAAUAUUGAAGAGGGUUUUCUUCCCGAGGAUACCGAAGAAACACUUUCUAAACCCAAGAACAAUGGAGCAGAACGGGAAACUGAGGAAGAUACCGAGGAUUUCUCUGUGCAUCGUGGUUCAGUAGAAGCAUAUUGCAAUGAGUACGAAGAACAUUUCGCCUUUUACUGCAUUGGUGAAAGUAACGACAAUAACAACGACGAAAAGGCAAAGGUAAUUUCAAAAUUCUGCCCAACUUACAAGAAGGCUUGCCCAAAUAAGUCGAUUACGAAAACUGCUUCCAUAGACGAAGCAUUUACAAGAAAAGUUAGCAUAAAAGCACCGGAAGAAGAGUCUGAUGAGAGUGAUGAGAUAACUAGCUCGGAAGAAGAAGAUUUAGAAAGACGUGAUGCAAUGUUGGAAGAAAUCAAGCGUCGAAUUCCAUGUACGCCAUUCUGCGAUGAAAAAGUCUACCCCCACUGCACCCAGGAAUGUAAAUGUGACUAUUCUUAUCCAUCGGUUCAAAACUUCUGCAAUCCCCCACCGCUUCCAUUUUUCCUGAACGUCUGCAGGUUGUGGUACUAUAUGUGUCCAAAAUAUGAGAGAUAUCAUUAUGCCUCACAGUACAUCUAUUCAAAAGCAGAAAAAGGAAAGCAUGUCCCGGGGCCGAGGACGACGAACCCGAAUCCUUUCAACAUCCCAAGCCCUCCUGGUCAUCCUCACAUUGGACCAGAGGGACCGGAAUCAGAAGGAGAAGAAGCACGAGCGGAAGGAACGCGAAAUCGAGCAAUCAAUUCACAAACAGCAGAACCAAUGACAUCCGCUAAGGACCGCUGGACAGCUGCAUCGUUUGAUCCCACAAAUAGAUCAGGCGAUGAUACAUUUCAGGCCAUUUCGGCUUUGUCGGAUCGUUACGGUAUUCACCAUCGGGCACGAAGUCGCAGUCCCUUCACGAAACCUGGCCUAUGGGAGCCAAACCCUGACAAUCCCCAUAACAGGGAUCAUGCCAAUAAAUGGUUUUAUAAACCUUAUUCUACUACUGCAGACUGGCUCAAUGGGGAGGUGGCUUCUGGAGGUCAUUGGGCUGUGCCAGCAGCUGGUGUUGGCGGUACCAAUUUUUACGAGGGUGUAUUCUUUCCAUCUCUCGGAACAUUCCUCAACAUUAAUGACGACUAUGACUACGAGUAG